UUUUAUUUGCUUAGCAUGAGCGAGGAGGAGAAGAGGGAGAGCGCUUGGGGCUUCGAGGAGGCGGCAUCGCCAUCGCCAUUAGCAUCGCCGCCAGCAUCGCCGCCAGCGCCAUCGCCGACAGUGCCGCUGCUUCCCGUGCAUCAAGCAUCGCCGAUGCCGCUGGUUCUUGCGGGGGUAUCGACUGGCCAGAUGCUCUUGCUCAAGCGAUUCAAGGAUGCGGUGAGGCAGGGCAAGCCGAUUCCAAAUAUGCACAUCAUCCAGCCAGUUCUUCUCGGUGGCGCCGGCGCUUGCGCAUUUGGAGGUCUCCUGAGCGCGCUUGGCUUUUUACGGUUCGACAAGAUCUUUGGAACUCGCAAGCCACAGAUCGAGGCGUGAUCGGGUUUCCUGGAUAGGAAUUCGUUCUAGUUUGUUUUUUUGAGAAGGAAAGAGACAUCUUUUUGCCAAAGACGAAGAAGUUCUAUCGGUUUAAUAACAAGUGCUGUUGUUUUUCACUCGAGCAUGGCAACUUGUAACGUUGGUGUGUUUAUGGCUUUUGGUACCCUUGGCGACAUACUUCCUUUAGCGUACGUUGCUAUAGCUUUAGCUCGAGCGACUACGAAGUAUUCUAUUACGUUCAUCACUCAUGAUUCGCAUCAGGUUUUGAAGGCGCUCCUUUUACCUGCUGGUAUUGUUUUGCGCUCCGUCUCAACACCUGCAGUCUUGACACCUGAACAGAAACGGGACUCUUUCCCAGACUCGCUUACUUCUGGUAACACAGUUCCAAAGUGCGAAGUUUCACUCAUCCGUGCUCGACGCGUAGAAAUUCACAUGGAGGAGUGCCUGGACGCGAUUGAAAGUCAGGAAUCCAACGGUACCAUUAGCUUCAUUGCAAUCAAUUUCUUCGCCCUGGUCGGUUUAUCUGAGUUUACGAUCACGCUUUUACCUGUGUAUCGGUUCCUUCGUCAGGAAGGCUGGCAUAUUGCAGAGCUUUUGAAUGUGCGGUUUAUCGUACUUGCGCCAUAUGUCAUGCCUUACAGUGCUCCUGCGUCGUUUGAGCGCAGCUUCAGACAAGUGUACCCUCGCUUGUACAAGCGACUACAACGAGCAUCAGCUGAAGAGGUUGGAUGGAAGGAUGUAACACAUUGGAUGUGGCCGCUUUUUACUGACAGAUGGACGUCAUGGCGCGUUCGAAAGCUUCGGCUUAGCGCGUGUCCCUUGACGGAUCCCGUUACGGAACUACCUGUUCACGACUGGCCCCGCUCAGUACCACUCUUGUAUGGAUUCAGCGAGAAAGUUGUAGAAUGUCCAGGUUAUUGGCCCAGCAGCGUGCGUGUGUGCGGCUUCUGGCUGCCACCUGACCGUGGGGUUUCGGGGACAACUCAUCUUGCACCAAAACUUGCGGAAUUUUUGUUGAGAAGCGCCGAUUCCAAGCCUGUCUUUAUUGGACUGAGCUCAAUAACCAGCAUGGGCUUUCUUCAAAAUCCUCUGGGGAUGCUACAAGUUGUCACGGAUGUUUUGAAAGCUGUAAAUAUGCGCGGUGUGCUUUUUACAGCCGGUCACCCGUCUCUUGAAGCAGUUGUUACGAGUGCUGCUGGUCUGGCAACGUCUUGCCUGGAGAAAGAAGGGCUCACUCUUGAUCACAACUUAUUCUGCUACUCCGGAUAUGUUCCUUACAACGAUUUGUUUCCAAAAUGCUCAGUAGUCAUUCAUCACGGUGGAAGUGGAACGACUGCUGCUUGUCUUCACGCCGGAGUUCCUCAGGUGAUAUGCCCGUUUAUUCUCGACCAGUUCUACUGGGCGGAGCGAAUGUCAUGGCUUGGAGUGUCUCCACAGCCUCUCAAGCCAUACCAUCUCGUCCCCGACGCGACCAAGCUUGAAAUCUCGGGAGCCGUGGACGCAGUAACUCUGGCAGUGCGCGAGGCUUUGACAGACAGAAUCAAAACAAACGCCAUGGAACUCGCAAGCAGCAUCAAUGACGAGGAUGGCUGUUCCAGAGCUGUGCAAAUUAUAAUGGAAGAAACGCCGUAAAAACUUUCUCGGAAGUGGAAAGAAGAGAGAACAAGCACUGCCCUCUAAGCCAUGAUCUUGGCAGACUUCAAGUAGAGGCUAUCCACCACCUUGCUCACGUUCGAGAUGGUAUCCAGCGUCGCCGGAUAGAUCCCAUCCGUUUGGGCCGAGUCGAAGAUGAUGAGGCACCCGGCACCCUGGUCCAGCGUCCCCAAGAACUUCUUAUCCAGUAUCAUCUGCGACAGCUUCUUCUCCACCGUCUCAAUGGGGAGCCCGAUGAGCCGCGAGAUGUGCGUGAUCUCCACCCGCGAGAAAGGCUCGAUCAGCCGGCAGAGGUUCUGCUCCAGCAGCGUGUCGUAGAGCGACGAGAGGUGCCGGUGGACGAUGGGAUCCUCCUCCAGCUGCGGCUUGUACAUGGCCAGCGCCUCCUCGAAGUCCUUGAGCGAGCGCUUGGCGUAAGCUUCCGCCACAGCUUUCAUGGCGUCGAGCUCCACCCCGGUGUACUUGAGCCCGGCCUUGGACGAGAUCAAGCUGCCAACGUCGUCGGCCUGGUUGGUCAUGAUCUUGCACAGCAGCAUGUACUUGAGCGAGAACACGGCCCUGGGAUCGUCCAGCGCGUUAAA